AGCUGAAUGCAGUAACAAAAAUGGCACAAAAAUUUGCUUGGGCUCGUCAAGCAGAGAUACUCCGUUCAGACGAAAAGGACCGUCAGCAUCUUGAUUCCACUCGUCGGGACAUUUUCGAUGCGCUCAUUGAGCUUAUAGGACUCCGUCGUAUUGUAAGACAUCACCAGGUUAUUACAACAGUCAACAGCCUUAUCUACUAUGGACUGACCACACUUCGUGAGCGACAAACGCUCGGUGAGCAGUAUGUCAACAUCGUUCGAUGUACACCCGAAACUCAACCCAAUUCAUUUUUUCAAAGAGCGAUACUUCUUGCUGAUCACCUGCCAUGGAAGCAGUUGGUGAAAACCGGCAAUCCUGAACAACAACUAGUGGCUUCCAUUUUUCUACAACUACAUUUGAUUCAUUUUUAUCUGUUUGGAGAAUACUCGUCUAUUGCGCGUCGUUUGGGUCGAAGCCGCUAUGCUUUACUUCGCGGUUUUCCCGACAUGCCUCAACUUCAGUGGACUUUUAAGAUAAUCGGAAUCCUAUACACUAUUAAACUUCUUCGCGAGCUGUUUCAGGCUACAAUAUCGUUCAAAUCGGUCAAGACAGAAGUAAAAGCAGCCAAAACUGAAGAAAAUGAUAAAGAAAUUGGCGGGCUCCAGUGCGGCUUAUGUAGAGACCUCACGACUGAGUGUACGGUUACUCGUUGCGGCCACAUAUUCUGCUGGACCUGUAUCACUGAAUGGGCGGUAAACAGGCCUCAAUGCCCACUAUGUCGCAGUACAGUCAACCCUGAACAGCUCGUACGAGUAAUUAAUAGAUAAAUUUAACCUGAGGCAACGACAAUAUGGAUUUCUAACAAACGUAUGCAACUACUAACAACAAAUUUAGGUUUUCAGUUAUAUCUUUGCGUAUAAUACACUAAUAUACUAUUAUCCGCAGAAAAAAGCAGAGGGAUUUUUCUAAACUAAAAAGAUGCAUGGUGAAAGCUAUCAUCUUCAAUUAGCGCGUCAUCUUCAAUUACGUUUUAAUCAUUGAAGGACAGCGAUUUAUAUUAACGAAUCAUGCACAAAUAUUGAGCUACGACUUCAAUUUCCCUUCAAGCAGUUGUAAAUAAUAACUAUUCAGGUCCUGACUUAGAUUUUGCAUCGUACUAAAGGCCUGGGGACAAAGUAGAUAUAAACUCGUAGUGGAUAUAUGUACGUAACGCUUAUGUUGUAAUCAAUUCCUUAAUUACUUAAAUAAAGGAGAUUUUUCAUCAUAUUAUGUAGCAACUAUAAAAAAAAUA